GGCGCCGGGGACCCGCAGCUCGUGGCCAUGAUCGUGAACCACCUCAAGAGCCAGGGCCUCUUCGACCAGUUCCGCCGGGACUGCCUCGCCGACGUGGACACCAAGCCCGCCUAUCAGAAUCUGAGACAGCGUGUGGACAACUUUGUAGCCAAUCACUUAGCCACUCACACCUGGAGCCCCCACCUCAACAAGAACCAGCUAAGAAACAAUAUCAGACAGCAAGUGCUCAAGUCAGGAAUGUUGGAGUCUGGCAUCGACAGAAUCAUUUCUCAGGUUGUGGAUCCAAAGAUCAAUCACACGUUCAGACCUCAGGUAGAGAAAGCCGUGCAUGAGUUUUUGGCCACAUUAAAUCACAAGGAGGAGGCAAGUGUGGGCACCACUCCCGAGGACGAGAAGCCAGAUGCGGCUGUCAUUACACAAGGUGUCCCUGUUCCGGGGCCCAGUGCUAAUGUAGCCAACGAUGCCAUGUCCAUCUUGGAAACCAUCACGUCUCUUAACCAAGAAGCUAGUGCUGCCAGGGCCUCCACAGAAACAUCAUCAGCCAAGGCCAGUGAGAGAAUGUCCAAAAAACUGGUGUCUCAGCCCAGCAUGGAUACAACCGCUGAGAAAGAGAGGUCGUCCGAGGACGUGAGCGAUCGAGAGAGGCCACCCCCAGACUCUGCCGGGGAUGGGCUGGAAGCAGCCCUGAAGUCUGAAGACACCAGUGACCUCCCUGGCCCACUUGAAGAAAUUAAAAACCACACAAAAGAGAGCACUAGCUUAAUUCUGGUCAGUAAGGAAGUUCAGCAGGACAGCGGUGACCAAAAGAAUAAGCCCACUGACAAAAGCGAAAAGAAAGCGGAUAGCACUGAAAAGGGAGAACGGAAGAAAGACAAGAAGGAGAAGCCCGAGAAGAAACUUGAUCACUCCAAAAGGAGUGAAGAGGCACCAAAAGUAAAAGAUGAAAGGCAAGGGAAGGAAAAGGAAGCAGAGAGCUCCAAACUUCCUGCAGAAAAGAGCAGUAGUAAAGCUAAAGCCCCCGAAGGGUCUAAAGAAGACUGCUCGACGGUCGACUCUGAUGUGGAUGGACUCACUGACAUCACGGUCAGCUCGGUCCACACCAGUGACCUUUCGUCUUUUGAAGAAGACACUGAGGAGGAAGAUAUGAUGUCUGAUAGCACCGAGGAAGGCGAGAUCACAUCAGACGAUGAAGAGCAGAGCAAGCAGAGUAAAACGAAAGCACAGACCAGCAAUCCUGGCGAGGGAAAAGCCAAAAAUGUACGGCAUGCUUAUGUCCACAAACCGUACCUUUACUCCAAGUACUACAGCGAUUCUGAUGAUGAGCUCACUGUGGAGCAGCGGCGGCAGUCUAUUGCUAAAGAAAAAGAAGAGAGGCUUCUAAGAAGACAAAUUAAUAGAGAGAAGCUUGAAGAAAAGCGAAAGCAGAAAGCAGAAAAGACAAAGUCUUCAAAAGCCAAGAGUCAAGGUGGAGAAGGCAAAAGUAGUGUGGACGUGGAAGAGCCAUCUGCCAAGAAUGUGGAACCCAAAGCCCCUCGAAUUAAAGAAGUCCUUAAAGAACGCAAGGUUCUAGAGAAAAAAGUAGCUUUAAGCAAAAGACGGAGAAAAGAUUCCAGGAAUAUUGAAGAGAAUUCCAGAAAGAAACAACCUGAAGAAGAUUCUAGAGAAACUCCCAAAACAAACGAGCAUUAUGAAAAGGAAAAGGUGUCCUCGUCAAAGGAUCCGAAGCAUGCUCAUGUGAAAAGCGAUUUGAACAAGCCUGCCCGGAAGCUUUCAGAGUGUGUGCAUUCCGCCGAUGAGAACAAAAGUGACUCCAAAGUGGAAAGAGAGCAUAAGAGACGGACGUCUACCCCUGUCGUGGUGGAAAGCGCGCAGGACGAGCCGGACACGCGAGAUGGGCGGAGGCAAGUGGAGCGCUCAGAACCGAGCGCUGAGGAACCACAGAAGCAGAAGAGCACACUCAAGAAUGAGAGGCCCCUAAAGAAAGAGGACUCGGAAACGCCACAUUCCAAGAGCCUGCCUAGGAAAGAGGGGAAGUCCUCCAAGGAGAAGCCUGAGAAGGAGAGGGCUCUGUCAGAAGACAAAUCGGCUACCAAACGUAAACACACAGGGGACAGUGUACAGAGAGCAGCCGAGGAGGCCGAGCUGCACUCUUCUGAGAAAGGCCUAAAAGCAGACGAAAAUGUUCCUAAGCAAAGCCAACAAGCAAAGCUUUCUUUAGAAGACAGAGCAGACCGCAAAGGCAAGCAUAGGAAUGAGAGGAAAUUAUCAAUUUUGGGAAAAGAUGGAAAACCAGUUUCCGAAUACCUUAUAAAAACAGAUGAGAACAUCCGUAAAGAAAACAGUAAAAAGGAGAGGCACCUGACAGCCGAGAAAACGAAAGCAGACCACAAAUCAAGAAGAUCGAGUGAUUCCAAAAUCCAGAAAGAGGCUCUUAGUUCCAAGCAGCAUGGCGUCGCAUUACCAAAAAGAAGUGAAAGUUAUUCAGAAGAUAAGUGUGAUACGGACGCCACGAAUUUAGAAAGUAAUUUGAAACCAGAAGAAGGUGCUCAGAAAGAGAAGCGAAGGACAAAGAGCUUCAUAGAAGACAGACUCGUGUUAAAGUCUAAAUCCAAAAGUCAAGGCAAACUGUCAAAAGGGACUGAAACAGAAUUACCAGAAAGUGUCACAAAACAAGCAGUCACCCCCAGAACUGAUAAGGAAAAGAACACGGAAGAAAGUGACUCAGAUAAACAGCGAAAAUCUAAGAGUGAGGACAAGCCCUGUGAAGAACCAGGUGCCGAGCCCCUGCCAGAGAGCUCUUCCUCGUCCGCACACUCGACUCAGAAAGAGCCCAGUCACAGAGCUAAGCCGUCCUGGUCAAGGGAGAAGUACAAGAGUGAUUCCAGUGCCUCCAGGCUUGACAGAAAGUUAUCUGAUGGGCACAAGAGCCGGGGCUGGAAGCAUAGUGGUAAAGACGUGAAGAAGAAGGAAGAGAGUAAAUCGGAUGACAAGGACGGGAAGGAAGCUGAGAGUAAUCAUGAAAAGGUGAAGGGGAGUAGUUUAGUGGAGAAAAAAAUGAGUCGGAGAUUGUCUGAAAACCGAAGAGGAAGCUUAUCACAAGAAGUGACCAAAGGAGAUGAAAAAUUAACAGGCAAUAGUUUGGGCACUUCCAGUAUUUCUUCCCUUCAGAGACCAAAAAGGAGUGGCGAUGCCACAGUGCUUCCUGAACAAGAGCCCAUGGAAGUUGACUCUGAGCCAGCCAUUGCAAAUGUAUCUCCAAUAUCUAAAACCCAAAACACCAGCAAUAAUAGUUCUCAGCGAGACACCGACUCUGAAAAUACCAUCAAAACAAAAUCGACUUACAGUCUUCUGAAGGAAGAACUAAGAACGCCCACAGUAGAUUCAAGAGCAGCAGCCUCAGCCUGUAAGCCAGGACGUGGGGUGGUUGUAGGUAAUUCUGAAAAGCACGCUGGCCACAGAAGCACCCUGGCCAAGAAAGUUCACACCCCAAGUGCUAUUUCCAAACCAGCUCCUGAGGAGAAAGAGGUCAUCCAACCAGGAACUCCCGACAUGAAUGUUGGCUCUGAAACGAGUCACCGAACGUUACCUCGUGCCCCAUCAGAAAAUGAGAGGACCCGAAAAACUUUGAAAAACACCUCCAGGGCCCCCGAAGAACGCGCUGCUCAAGGAGGUGCUGCCCAUGAACAUUCCAGAAAUGUGGACGCCUCGCCGUCCUGCAGCUCAGCGACUGUCGUGCCUCAGAAAGGGGUUCAGGACUCAGCUGUGAUUCCUGUGACUGCCAAAAGAACUGUUGUAGAAGGUGGUGCAGCUAGUCCCUUCCUCACGGACCACUCCGCUCUCCCCAGUCAAAAGUUGACUGUGGGUGACUCGGAUGUCCCUAGGGCCAGUGACACCAAAGAAGAUGGUGAAGGUUCUACAGUAACUACAACAAAAGCAAGCACUGAUCACCUAAGUCACCUUCCAGAAGGUUCUCAGGCCAUUGUAUUGCACAGCAAACAAGGCAGAGUAAACAGACAUCAUGGCAGCAAAUUAACAGACAGAACUGUGGAAAGUGUGAAUGUUAACAAGAAAAUUGGCUUCACGGACAUGGCCAAAAGAGAAACUUGUUUUGUUACAGAGUCUGGUUUAAAGCAGAAUAUAAAAGCAAUGGUAGAUAGUGGCAAAAAGGACGGACUUGCCAAGGACCAGGUGGCAGACAUAAGCACAGAACAAGGUGCUGCAGGAACUGGGCUCAUGGGAGCACGAAAUGGAAGCACAGGCCCAGGGGAGAUGAACGACUCCCCCGCUGGUGGUGAAAGAAGGAGCCAGAACAGUGAAGUAGCCACCAGUGCAGGAAGUGACCAGACGCCCUCUGUUGCUCACCACAGGAAUAAAACAGCUGGGCCGGCUGGAGCCGAAAGGACUUUUAUGGCCUCUAGUACCGACGGGAAGGACAGAGCCGGCCCCUUACACUCCGUAAAGACAGGGGCUGCCACGACUACCUCAGAAACAAGUGGCCGGGUGGUGGCCUUGCCGUGCACCAGCAUUGAGGCCGACGAAGGCCUCAUGGCAGGUGCCUGCUCCAGGGACCACCCUCUUGUGGCCGGGGUAGAGCGCUGCGAGGGCACGGUGUUUGCUGCGGCCGAAGAAGGUGGGGGCGUCGUCACCGAGGGCCUUGCCGACAGUGAGACCUUGCUCACAAGCACCAAGGAGGGUGACAGCGGCGAGUGUGCCACUGCUGGGCCUGAAGAGAGAGCAGCCGGCCCAGCGACAGCUCAUCCAGGGAAAGCUGGCGAUCGUGGGAGCAGCGUGGGAACCGAGGAAAAGGAUGACGCGGUGACCAGUGCUGGCUCGGAAGAAAAAUGCGACGGUUCGGCCGGUGGAGACUCCGAAAUCGUUGUAGGUGCCAGUGUGUUCCAUAGUGAAAUUGAAAGCGAUGGCGCUGUAACAAGUGCCGGAACAGAAAUAAGCCAGGGGUCUUUACUCAGCGAAGAGGUAGGUGGGUCCCCGAAAAUGACAAGACUGGGCCCCAAAAAAGAAACGGAUGGCGCCGUGACAUGCACGGUCGCAGAAGGCAGGAGUGAUAGCUUGGUCAUCUGCUCGGUGACCGGUGCAGGGCCGCAGGAGGAGCACGCGGUCACAGGGGCCAGCGUGGUCCUGGCUGAUGGCAACAGGCCGCCCGCUGCAGGUGCCAGCUCAGGAGGAGGCGGCUCCACGGCGGACGGCACGGAGGGCGAGAGUGCUGUCACCAGCACGGGGAUCACGGAGGAAGACGGAGAAGGCGCGGCGAGCUGCACUGGCUCCGCGGACCGCAGCGAGGGCUUCGCCGUGAGCUCUGAGCCAGAAGAAGGUGGCGAGCCGGCCAUGGACAGCACCGCAACCAAAGAAGUCACCGCUGUGCCGUCGGUCGCCGCCAACGACGACGGCCCUUGCGAUGACGAAGGCAUCGUGACCAGCACCGGCGCCAAAGAGGACGACGACGAAGGCGAGGGUGUCGUGACCAGCACCGGGAGAGGAAAUGAAGUGGGGCGCGCCUCCGCUUUCACUGAAAUAGAAGAAAGCGAGGGCGCGUUGGUGUGCGAGAGUGCAGAAGGGGAUAGUCAGGUCUGCCCGGAAGUCGAACACAUGCCCGCGGAGGCCGGAGCCACCGGCGUCAAUGUCAGCGAGGGUGGCGUGGACAGCAGGAGUGGCGUGGAGAAGGGAAUGAAAGACGCAGAGAUCUGCUCAAGUGCCAAAGGGCUCGUGGACAGCAGUGUGAGCAGCGCAGCGUCCGAGAAGGGCGAGGUGGCGUCCGGGCCUGAAGGUAGUGAGGGCCCCCUGACCGGUGCGGCUUCCGAUCACAGUGACGGUCAGCUCCCCACGAAAGAAAAGGUCGAAGAUGUCGCCGUUUCUCCCGGUGCGGUGGAGGGUAGCUGUGAGGUCCUCGUGUCCCGAGCAGUCCCAGAAUGUGAAGCCGACCCCUCAGCAGGUGAGAAAGGAGACGAGGGCGCCGUAACUUCCGUGGAAAACAAGGAGUGCGAUGGGCGCAUGGCGAGUCCGGCCAGCGACUGUAGCCCCGACCCACAGAGUUUCGCUGGGCGUGAAAGUCAAGGCAAAGGCUUGAUGAUUUCCACCAGCAGCACUCAGGGCUGCACCGCUGCGCUCGGCGCGAUUCUAACUGUGGAAGGCCAUUCCGGUGCCCUGAGAAGGAGCGAGGAUGUGGGGGAGGCCAGAGUACACGUAGAAGAGUUUGAAGCCCCCAUGCCCAGUGCCGUUUCUGGAGCUGACGGCCUGCCCACCGCCACCAGGACGGAAGAGAAAGACGAGUGCGCCAUGAUUUCCACAAGCAUCAGGGAAGAGUUCGAAGUGCCCAUUUCCAGCGCCUCCACCCCCAAAUCGGCCGAAGGUCAGCAGCUGGUAGCCUCGGCUGAAGAAAGCCACAAAGGCCCCAUCUCAGAGGACUUCGAGGGGCCCAUGCCCAGCGCGCCCACCAAAGCUGAGCGGCCCCUUGCCUCCACCAGCAAGGAGGAAAAAGACGAGUGCGCGCUCAUCUCCACCAGCCUAGCGGAAGAGCGUGAGGCCUCUGUCGUGAGGGGGGCUGUGGCCCUGGGCGAGAAGGAUGGCAAUGCCAUCAUCUCCACCAGCUCGGUGGAAGACUGUGAGGGCCCCGUGUCCAGCGCAGCCCCCCGGAAGCAUGGCCGCGUCUCGGCCACACCCACUGAAGAGAGCAGUGACAUGGCCCUUAUCUCCACGAGCACCUCCCCUGAAGGACGGGAAGCCGCGGUGGUCAGCGCCACCCCGCGUGAGGAGGAAGCGGGCGACGCAGCCAUCAUCACCACCAGCACAUCAGAUGCUGCGCCGACGGCCCCCAGUCUGAGCAGACCCAGUGACCUGCCAGCACCGUCCCCUGCAAAGGUGAGCCAGCACACUGUCCUCACGCCCAGCCGCGCUGCAGAGAAUGACCGUCUGUGUCCCAGACCCAUCACAGAAGAAGAAGACGGAGGCCCUAGGGUGGCAGGAAGCUUCAAAGAGGGGCGACAGAGUGCGCCCAUCAGGCUGCUCUCUGCAGUGCGAGGCCAGCCGAACAUCUGGCAAGCUGGAGAGAAGGACAGACGUAGCACAGAUGGUUCUGGCCAGCUACUGUUGGCGGGAGGAGGCCAGCGUGAGGACACGCGGAGCCUCAUUGACACAGAAAGCGAGAAUGGGCUGUUGGGCUCUGUUCCGAGAGAGGAUGAGCACCCUGAGGCAAGGCCAGCGGGGAGCAGCUCUCCACCAGCAUGUUGUUCGGACUUAGAGAUGAGCGCUCACUCACUCCUCAGUCUGCAAGGACCAGCAGCAGCAGCAGCAUCGGGGCAGACGGCCCAGGCCUCCUCGGUUAGCAAUCGCUGUGUGUUAGCCGGAGAGACCCGUGCUAAAAACACUGACCUGCUGGGUUCUCCCAUCGUCUCAGCAGCAAGCCACUCCUCUGCCCCCCUGGUCCAGUCAGGGCCUGGGGACUGCCUGAAAGCCACCAACAUCGAAUGUGUCAAUGGCCAAGGAUCCGGAGUCACUCCUUCUAAAGCUGCAGGUCUCCCAGCUGCCAGAAAUGGCGUGUUGGAGCAAGGAGAACUGUACCCUGUCCCUGUUUCUUCUGAAGAAAAUAUGUGUGGAAAAGGCAAUGAAGAGACUUCACAGCAUAUUUCAGGAGCAUUGGAACGGAAAGCCAGUUUGAAAACUGAGACUCUUGUGCCUUCAGUGGAAGAGACAACUGAAACCCCAGUGCAAACAGAAAGCCCAUGUGGAGGAGCUGAACUACCGGAGGAGUCUUCCUGGGUGUGUGAAUCGCUAAAUGUCAAAAAUUCAGACUCAAGAACAAAUGAAGGAAUCCAUAGCAAAUCUUAUGACAAAAAAGAGAUUUCCAAUGGGACAAAAGACCGCACAGAAAUUCUCAGAGGGUUCACCGUUGAAGCAAAGCCCAAAGAGGCUGAAGUUUCGAUCCAAGAGGCAGAGAGACCUGUGCCUACAAGGAAAAGAAAGACGCACUAUCGCUCUUCCGAGGAUGAGCUGGAUGAUAGUCCAGAUGCUCCGGAGUCCAGGAGAGAGAGCACCCGGAGGCCUGGCCCAGAAACCGAAUCACGAGGCGCAAAGGGAGAGAGCUCCAGGGAUCGAGAGCAACUGUCCGAGACAGGUUGUAAGACAAACAGCAUGAUGUCAAAGACCACAGAAGAAAGAGAUGAGCAGAGCAGCAGUGAAGCCACUGGUGAGAAGACAGAGCAGAACGAAGAGGACAACCUGAAAUCUCAGGAGGAAGAUCAGCCCGUGGUUGUGAAAAGGAAACGAGGAAGACCUCGGAAGUACCCCAUGGAAACUGUGACAAAAACAAAAGAAGACUCCAAAGCAGAACCUGGCGCUGCCACGGUAGAGCCACCUCCCCCGAGCAGUAGAGUGAAAGCCAUACUAACAGACGAGUCCAACAAGGACGCUGUGAACCCGCAAGAGAGGAGCAUGAGCAACGAGGACGGGGAAGAAAAGUCAGUGGCGAGUGUGCGUCGGAGAGGAAGGAAGCCCAAGCGCUCUCUCACCUCAGACGACGCCGAAUCCUCAGAGCCAGAAAGAAAACGCCCGAAAUCCGUUUCGGAUGGGGCUGCCGCAGCCGCCGCUGCCACUGAAGACAAGAAGGACCAGGAGUCUGAGGAGGAAGAGGAUGAAGAGGAGGAAGAGGAGCCUUCGGGAGCCACCACACGAUCCACCACGAGACUGGAGGCUCAGAGAAAGCAUCAUAGCGGCCCACCUGCACGUGCAGCAUGCAAACUUGGCAGCCCAGAAACAAUUUCUCCCAGAAAUCGCCAAAACUUAGCAAAAGAGAAGUUAUCCACCAGGGAGAAAGUUAGUAAACCUCCCCCAUUAGGAAGAUCCAAGGCCCAGGUCUCUCCGCCUGCCAAGCGCAAGAGAGAAGCCAGCCCGCCAGGGGCUCGGACUCGAGGCCAGCAGAGAGUGGAAGAGGCCCCCGGGAAAAAGGCCAAGCGAUAGUCCUGGCUCUGCUGACCCAGCCAGGGACAUGGUGGGGAGCCGGGGGCAGGGAGCAAGCUGGCAGCCGGAAGCCAUUGCUUUGUCAACCAGGAAGCAGAUGCGCUAUGUGCUGUGGUUCCACUUGCCGGCUGUUUCCUGGGAUAUUCCAAACAGCUUUAUGAACUGUUCAUAGAAGAGGUUAUGUACAUUUCUUUCAGGUAAAAGAAGAUAAGUUUACUUUGUAUCUCAACUCAAAACAAAGUAACUGUAUAUUUUAACCUUUUCCAGUGGGGCUGCCCCACCUGGCGACCUUUUCCACCUGACAGAGCCCUACUCCCGACCCCCCCCCCA